ACAUUUGACAUUUGUCACUUCACUGAGCGUCUUUGGUGUCGUAGGGCAUUUACCUUUGCUUGGAAAAAUCCUUAAGAACAAUCGCGAAGCACUUUGUGUUCACUAAAAUCUACUUUCUGAAGUGUUUGGCAUCAAUUGUGUAAUCAGAUGAAUCGCAGAAGAGCCUAUGAGGACGACGAUGGCUACGAGCGGCACAAUCGCAAGCGUCGCCGGGUCUCAGAAAAUCAGGAGAUCGAAGAUCGGUUGGAGUCGCUAAUUUUGCGUGUCGGCGAGAAGAGCACUUCCUCGGUGGAGUCGAAUCUGGAAGGUUUGGUUUCUGUGCUGGAGGCUGACUUGGGAACGUUUCGGAUGAAAAUCCUCCGCAUCCUGUCCGAUUGCGCCAUCAAGAUGCCCGAGAAAUGCACGAUUUACACGACCCUGGUCGGUCUGCUGAACGCCAAGAAUUUCAAGUUUGGCGGAGAGUUCGUCGAUCAUAUGGUGAAGACUUUCAAGGAGAGCUUGAAGCUGUGUCGCUGGGAGGCCGCCCGCUACUCGCUGCGUUUCUUAGCUGAUUUAGUUAAUUGUCACGUAAUCUCGGCCACUUCACUGCUGCAGCUGUUGGAUAACAUGAUUGACGUGUCGAACGAGGAUACUGUUCCGCAGGUGCGUCGCGAUUGGUAUGUUUUCGCGGUUCUAUCGACCCUGCCGUGGGUAGGCCGCGAUCUGUACGAGAAGAAGGAGUCGGCACUGGAGAGCCUUCUUGUGAGAAUUGAGGUUUUCUUGAACAAACGAACGAAGAAGCACCACAACGCCCUGAGGGUGUGGUCUGUCGACGCUCCUCAUCCCCAGGAGGAGUAUCUUGAUUGCUUGUGGGCACAAAUACGCAAAUUGCGCCAGGAGAAUUGGGCGGAGAAGCACAUCCCGCGUCCGUAUUUGGCGUUUGACUCGAUUCUUUGCGAGGCUUUGCAGCACAACUUGCCUGUCAUUGUGCCGCCUCCGCAUCACGACAGCUUCACGUAUCCUAUGCCGUGGGUCGUCUACCGAAUGUUUGAUUAUACUGAUUGCCCAGACGGGCCCAUUAUGCCGGGCGCUCACUCGAUUGAACGCUUUCUAAUCGAGGAGCAUCUCCAUCAUAUCAUCGAGACGCAUCAUUUGGAGCGCAAGGACUGUGCCGCGCAUUUGCUCAGUUUUCCUUACAAGAAUAAGAUCCCAUUGGAGUACUGCAUCGUCGAAGUCAUCUUCGCGGAGUUGUUCCACAUGCCUACGCCACGUUAUUUAGAUAUUUGCUAUGGAUCGAUCCUGAUUGAGUUGUGCAAGCUGCAACCGGCCACAUUGCCACAGGUUUUGGCACAAGCCACGGAAAUUUUGUUCAUGAGGAUUGAUUCGAUGAACACGUCGUGCUUUGACCGUUUCGUGAAUUGGUUUUCGUACCAUUUGAGCAACUUCAAGUUCACUUGGUCUUGGGAUGAGUGGGACAGUUGCUUGCUAUUGGAUCCGGAACAUCCACGGCCUAAAUUCAUUCAGGAGGUGCUUGGAAAGUGUUUGAGGUUGUCUUAUCAUCAAAGGAUUGUCGAAAUGAUGCCUGACACAUAUUCGAAGUUGAUUCCGGUUCAGCCUGUGCCGACAUACAAAUAUACCGCAGAAAAUGCUGCUUCACUUCCUGGUACAGCAACAGCACACGAAUUGGUUGUGUCCAUUCGUCAAAAGUGCACAGCGGAAGAAGUUCUUAACGUGCUGAACGACCUCCCGAACGCUGGUGAGAAUGGUGAAAACGAUGCGGCCGAUAGUCAAUAUAGCCCCUUGAAAAUAGAUGUAUUUGUCCAGACUUUACUAAAUUUAGGCUCUAAGUCAUUCUCACACAGUUUCGCAGCAAUUGCAAAGUUUCAUCAUGUUUUUAAGACCUUGGCCGAUUCGGAAGAAGCCCAAAUUUGUAUAUUGCACAAUGUAUUCGAACUGUGGCGCAGUCAUCAGCAAAUGAUGGUAGUUAUCAUUGAUAAGCUAUUGAAAACCCAAAUCGUCGAGUGCUCAGCCGUAGCCACUUGGAUUUUCUCCAAAGAAAUGACAUCAGAAUUCACAAAAAUGUAUUUAUGGGAGAUCUUGCACUUGACUAUCAAGAAAAUGAAUAAACACGUUAUAAAGUUGGGUAACGAACUAAAUGAAGCCAAGGACAAAUUAGCACGAGCUGCGGAAUCAUCGUCCAGUGACUCGGAAGAUGAGGGCACCUCGAAACGCAAGAAGCCCGUUGACAAUACAGACAAGCUCAGCGAAGAGGUUGUCGAACGUAUGGAGGAGAAAUUGGAGGCAGCUAACGUUGACCAGAAGCGUCUAUUCUUAAUUGUUUUCCAACGCUUUAUAAUGAUUCUUUCAGAACAUUUAGUACGGUGUGACACAGAUGGGCGUGACUAUGAUACAGAUUGGUAUAGGUGGACAAUAGGGCGAUUGCAACAAGUGUUUCUAAUGCACCACGAGCAAGUGCAAAAGUACAGCAGCACCCUGGAGACACUUCUCUUCACAUCCGACUUGGAUUCUCAUAUUCUCGAUGUAUUCCAUCAAUUCGUAGCGUUACGGGCUUGAACAUCUUCAGAAGAUAACAAAUCAAUGUUCAUUUGUUGUUAUGUCAGUUUCGUUUUAGGGUUUUAUUUUGCACUGAAAUUGUAGAUGACGUGAAGACGAUAAAAAAAACACCACCCAUUACUGAAAAAAUCUUAGUAAAGUUGAAAACAAUAUUGAUUGCGGCAUUACAAUUUAAUCGGUAGGACUAACGUUACUUUGUAAUUAGUAAUAUUUAUACAAUCUGUAGGAAAGUGAAGAAUGCAGCUGCAGAGUUAUCAGAUGAUUAGGUUAAUUAAUUAGUAGAUGAUAUUGCAAGUUUGUUUCCUUUCGCGCGUUCUAUGAAAUCCACGUAUGAAUAUAAAUACACAUAAAUAUAUUUUUUUGGGGAAGUUUAUUGUUCUCUCUCUGUCUCUCUUGAGGAAUAAUAAAUCGGAGAAAAAAUAGAUAUGAGUGGAAAAUAUAUUCCAUUUUUCAAGCAAAGACUUAUAAACAGAAGUUAAAUGUAUCUAUGAAAAUUCAAAUAAAUAAAUGAGACAUUUUAUAUAACUUUUA